AUGGUCAUCUUCGUAGAAGAAUUUAGCAAGCUCUACUCCAAACUGGAGAAUCACCUCCACCACCAAUCUGAAGCCUUAUCGGCUUCUCUACAGGCUUUUCAAUCCGAUGUUUCGAAUUACAUAAACCAGUUGUGGGUAGAUUCGAGAUCCGGAUCAGAGAUCCUGUCCUUGCCUUGGGUUCUCCAAUGUCUAGGCCUUCUACCCGCCAUCAACAAAGCUUUUGCAAAGCUAAUUGUGGAUAUUGAUUACCCCGUUGGUAACUGGGAAGUUGCUGCUGUGGAUGAAUAUCUAAGCUGCAGCUUGAGUUUGCUGGAGCUUUUCAAUUCCAUUGCUUCCUCUCUUGCAUAUCUUGGCCAAGCUCGGCUUCCGCUAGCUCAUGCUUUGAGCCUUGUGGAGAAUUCACCAUCUUCGGCAAUAGAGCAUCUGAAACCAAUUCAGCCAAGAAGUCUCGACAAGGAUUUCGGGAAAGGUGAAACUAAGGAAGAUGGAAAAGAAAAGAUUUACUCUGGCAAGGAAUGGGUUAUUCAUGAAGCUUUAAUAGCCAUGAAGAGCAUAGGAUUCUGGGUAUGUGGGAUUGUGCUGUCUGGUUUAUGCAGUGAUGGUAAUCCAUACUUGGAGAUGAGAAAAUCGGUUGAUGGGUUGGUUUUUUCAUCAUUUGUUGAAUUGGAUUCAAGUCUAUACGAGAUUAUUAUGGAGAAAGGGGCAGUCUUAAAGGAGAUAAAGGAAUUGAACGAUGCAGUGGCUUGCCUUCUUGCUGCCUUGGCCACUGGGAAACACAGCGAAGCAGCUGAAGAAUUGCAAGGAAAGUUGGAGAUAUCAGAGAAACUAUUGGAGCAAUUGCAGAAGGAGGUGGAUCGUCUCUUCUCUGAGGUAUUAGAUGGAAGAAAUAAAAUGGUCGAUUGCCUUCGAGACCGGAAGCAUUAG